AGGCUACAUCACUGCGCCUCGACUGACAGCCAGUCAGUUGAGUAACAGCAAGCAACACUAGCCAGUAGUUUAAGGAGGAGAGUAAAUCGGGGAUUUGACUGAGAGGGAGAGGGGAGCAAAGAUUCAUAUCUGAAUCAUGGCUACUGAAACAUCAUCUUGCACAGGCUCCACUCUUCUGAGGCCGAUCAGUGAAUUCAUUAAUCUCCCUCUUGAUCAGGUGAACUUCGUAGUGUGCCAGCUCUUCGCCCUGCUGAUGGCCUUCUGGUUCCGGCUCUACCUGCACCCCAGUAAGACCAGCCCGUUCGUCCGACAUGUGGUGGCCACUCUCCUGGGAUUCUACCUGGCCCUCUUCUGUUUUGGCUGGUAUGCCUUACACUUCCUGGUCCAGAGUGGCGUCACGUAUGGCAUCAUGAUCUUCGCUGGACUGGAGCACAUGCACAAGUACUGUUUUGUAGUCGCCCUGGGAUACCUCACCUUCUGCCAAAUCACACGUGUCUACGUCUUCGACUACGGCAUGUACUCCGCAGAUUUUACUGGGCCGAUGAUGGUCAUCACACAGAAGAUAACCUGCCUAGCGUUUGAGAUCCAUGACGGUUUGGCACGUAAGGAUGAGCAACUCACUCCCAGUCAGAAGAUUCUUGCUGUAAGGAAAAUGCCCAGCUUACUAGAGUACUUAAGCUACAACUGUAACUUCAUGAGCAUCUUGGCAGGCCCCACCUGCUCCUACAAUGACUAUGUGGCCUUUGUGGAGGGAACAGCCUACCAGCCCAAACACCUGGAGUCCAAUGGCAAAGAGAACGGGAAAUACAAGCAGACUGAGCCAUCUCCCAGGCAUGAUGUCAUCAGGAAGCUGGCCACGUGUGGCGUCUCGCUGGGAGUCUACCUGGCGGUGCUCAGGGUGUUCCCGGUGGAGCACGUCAUCGACGACACAUUCAUUGCCACCUCGCCCUUCUACGUCCAGGUCAUCUACCUCUACCUGUCCAUGCUGGCCACGCGGCCAAAGUACUUCUUUGUCUGGACGCUGGCUGAUGCCAUCAACAACGCUGCCGGAUUUGGCUUCAACGGCUACAACAAAGACGGCACGCCAAGAUGGGACUUAAUAUCAAACCUGAGAAUAAUGGACAUUGAGUUCGCCACCAGUUUCAAGAUGUUCUUGGACAACUGGAACAUUCAGACAGCACUCUGGCUUAAGAGAGUGUGCUAUGAGCGUUGUCCCAUGAACCCCACGGCGGCCACUUUCCUGCUGUCGGCGGUGUGGCAUGGCGUAUACCCUGGCUACUACCUCACAUUUCUCACUGGCAUUGCCAUGACCAUGGCAGCUCGGGCAGUAAGGCACAACGUGAGGCCGCUUUUCCAGGGCACCGUCACGCACAGGCUCGUCUACGACAUCAUCACGUGGGCGGGCACGCAGAUCGCCAUCUGCUACACCGUGGUGCCCUUCGUGCUGCUGGCGGUCGGGCCCUCGCUCAAGUUCUACAGGUCGUGGUACUGCUGCAUGCACCUGGCCUGUCUGCUGGUGGUGCUGGCCCUGCCCGUGAAGCCCAGGCAGCAGCGGCAGAAAGUGCAGCAGCAGAACAGCCUGCACCAGAGCCCAGUUCAGGACGGCACUAUGGACAGCAGCAGCAGCAGCAGCAGCAGCAGCCUCCUCAACACAGACAGCAACUGCAACCAGAAGCAGAAAACCACAUGAGUGGGGGAGAGGCCAUCUCCAUUCCCCAGCUCCUUCUCACAGACACACUUACACACACACACACACACACACACACACACAAAUACACACAGUCUCACACACAUGCACACACACAUAGACAUACACCGACGCAGGUGGGGGGAGAACUUGUUCUGAACACUACGAGAGUGCUGACAGUUCUCGUCCUCAACCUGAAUGGACCAGACAGGCAGAACCAACCAACCAACCAACCAAGCAACAAACGUAACCAGAUGAACAGACACAUCAGAAAACAAAAGCAGAGCAGUCAACCUUCCAGUAGCAGUGGCCACUGCGAUCAUGCUUUGGGCUCCUAAACGACUAAUCUGUGGAACGGACCUGAGCAAGAUGCUUGUGGUGGUGACCAUGCCGAACGAGAGUGAAUGAGACGAGAGCAAGCUGGUGUGAAAUAUAUAAGUGAAUAUUAAGUGAUUACACUAAUCUCGGGACAGGGCGACCAUUUCCAGGGCAGGGAAAAGAGAUGGAGAGGACCGUUAAAGUGUUUCUGAAGUUGCCUUAAACCCUCUAUGUACUGAGCUUGAGAUGGCUUUAGAAGCAGGUGUCUAUUCCUGCCUCUCUCCCAGAAGAAUGGGUGUGUGUUGACUGGUAGGCAAGUUAGCGCACGUAGAGGGUUUCUGUCAUUGUCACACGAACAAUGUGCCCUCUGUUUUAGACGUUGAGAGGCCUACACAAAAAACAGGUUUGUAAUGAAAGAAAUUAUCUUUAUUUUUAUUUUUUUUGUUCGAUGCCAAUUUCAAACAGGCCUUAGGAAAUUAUCUCAAUGUUUGUUUAUUUCCGGUGUUUUUUUUUUUUUCUCUGCUGUGCUGUUUUUCCACUUUCAUCCAUAUCAGCUGCUUUCUUUCUUUUUUUUUGGCCAAAAGUGGUGAUGGUGAUGAUGAUGAUGAUGACGAUGAUGAUGAUGAUGGUGGAUGGUGGGUGUUAGAAAGGGAGUGUCGUCAUCAUUAUCAUCAUCUGAAAGCAAUUUUUCUUUCGUUUUUCAAGGGCUUUUGAUUUACGGGGUUAAGCGUGAACCAUAUCAGUCAUGUUUGGUUUCCUCAGGGUUCUCAAAGUUCCAGUGCUCACAGAGUCCAAUUUCACUGGGAUAUUACAACACAUUUAAGGCCCAAUUCAGUUUGAAUGUUUAUCACAAAUUUAUAUUUGCUCUGCAGUGAUCUUUAAGAUUUGUAAAUUUGUACAAUGUAUGUUAGGGAGAAAAAAACUAUUCUUGUUUGUAUUUAGAUACAUCUAAUAUUGUUAUUAGAGAAUGUACGCGUGGUUUGGCAACGUAGGGUUUUUUUCAUAUUGCCCAACCCUUUGGAAACCUAAAAACGUUAGCUUUUUAUAUCAUAGUUUUGGCCCCAUAAAUGAGAGGCAAUAUGACUCCCCUCAAAAGCCCAAGGCCUUGUUCUUUCUUCCCAGAUCUGUUUUUUUUUUUCUAUUAUCUUUUUUAAAUCACAGUGAUGUACUGUCACACUGGACCUCAGCGCCUAAUCAUCUUAACGAAUCAUUGGUACCUGCCAUGUCGGCACCAGGUAUGUAAUAGUAUGAGUGAUGUCAAGACUGCAUUACAUUACUGUAUCCAUGUGCCACAAGGCACGCUCUCUAUUCCACUGGUUCAGAUUACAUUCUCGGGGUGUUCUUGGUGGAAGGAUGCUUGGAGUUGUUGCAGCUGCUCAGGUGUGGAAGCACCUAUUCCUCUUUGUUGGUGAAGAAAAGAGCACCUCAAAAUACUUACUCCAGUAGCUCUUGAUGUUGAUAUAACUGACCUGACCCUACCUUAUUCGGUUCUUAAUGUUUAUGUUUAAUCAGCACCUCUCUUGGUCUGUUUAAUUGGUUCUGUGUUAAUUCUGUUAUCAUUUCCAGGGGUGGUCAAACCCUUAGGAAGGGAAAUACUUCAUACUACAUGUGACUCAGAAAGACAAGGAGUGCACUGACCACACCAACCAGCAUAUCAAUGCAAAACUGAUAGGAAUGUCCAAAGUGCCAAAUCACAGGAGGCGCACAAAUGUUUUAUGUCAAUAUAUAAAAAAAGAAAAAACAAAGAUUCAAAAUCUGAAAGUCUCGCAAACGAACGCUUUUUUGUGGGUUAGACUAGGUGGAGAGAUUUCUAUCAAAGAACUUUUGGAGAGAGUCUGAUUUAUUUGGUGGAAUAAAUAAGAAUACAAGAGAGAAUUAUUUUUAGAUGUUACGUGUGAAAACGGAGAAAAUAAGAGGAAAAAUGGAGAGUUCUCUCUCCCCCAUUGUUUCUGUUCCUUUAUUCUUUUUGUGCACUUUUGCUAUGAUUGAAAGAAAAACAAAUAGUGCUAAACAGAUUAACUGCCAGAGCAAUGUAAAGGAACACAACUGAGGCCCAAAGGGAAGCUGACGGAGGACGGGGGACAACUGGUCCAGCCAUAUGUGAGGUCAUUAGCUGUGUCGCCGGCCACUUUUACAAUCGCCCCAGACUGUCACAUUCAACACUGGGUGUCAUGACAGGGUUUCUAAUGAUGAGAGGACUGAGGGUAGAGACAUACUGCCUAGCCCUUCGCUAAUCUGGCCUCUAAACUAUGGCCUUUUGCUCCACUGUCUCAGUCAUUUGUAAGGAAGGAGGCAUUGUCCUUACGUGUGUGUGUGUGUGUGUGCCUGUCUGUGUGUGUGUGUGUCUGUAUGUGUGACAGUGCUGUCAACCCCUGUUCAGGAACAUACCAUGCGUGUUUUUGUGUGGAAAAACAACCCUCAACUGUCAACCCUAAAGAAAUAUAUAAUAAAAUACAUGAAGAUAUUAAUGCUGAUGUAUUUUAAUUGGGGAACCACCCCCCACCCCACUCAAUUGUGUGUUUUUUUCCUGAACUGAAAACUGAAUUUGUAUUACUGUUAUUUCGUACUACCCCGAUAUCAGACUCUACUGUUUGCCAUGUUGUUAAUCUGUAUUAAUCUAUGGGCUCUGUCACAGGACUGCUGAUUCAGAUACUUUUGGAUGAACAAGUGCACUGGGAUUUAUUUUGUCUGGGUGCUCAAAGGCGGCCACACAUAUUUGUCACUCAUUCCCUCCUCCUCGACUCUGUCCCAAUAGCCAAUUGUCUUUCUAGACUCACUCAAGACUAGGCCAAACCACAUCAAUACCCCAGUGACUAAACUGGGCCAUAGUUCCUGGUGCAAGCCUAAAGGAUAGAGAGAGCCUAUGAUGGUUGAACAGUUUUUGUGGUGGAUUAUUUCAGUGCUGGAUAAAAAAAAACACAGGUUCAAAAGUCAGUGUAGAUUGGUGUGGAAAACCCAAGUGCUUCAGUAACAGUUCUUAAAGGGGGGAGACUAUCUGAGCAGUAAAACGUUCACAAACAGACCACCUUGACUAGAACAACUUAACAAUUAGGAGCCCAAAUUUGGCUUCCCUGAAUUCACUUUUUUUUGGGAGGUGGAUUUUUUAAAUUGAGUGACAGUUAUGCCAGUCAUUUUACUUACAAAAUGUAUUGUGGUGAUGGUGUGUUCUCAGAUAAUUGUCACUUUUGUCAACACUGUGAUUCAUUAACUAUUUUAUACUUUAUGGUAACAAUGCUUUAUUUGUAACAUUUGUGUGGCUGUGUAGGGACAUUUGUACCUUUUGUCUAAACGUGUCAUUUGUAUUCUGGACAGUGUUUGUUGAUGUGUUUCUUGGCAGUUAAACCAGCUGAUUAAAAUACUCAUUUUUUCACAUUGA